GACAAUCGUCUCCAUUCUUCUGCCUGUUUAUUUUGAACCAAAGUGUACAUUUAUACUUGUUAAAUUUUCUCUUAUUCUAUUUGACCCUUCUUUUUACUUGUCCUUCCAGCCAGUCAAGCUCUCCCCAAGGCCAUCAUCAUAUAUGUCAACCGUGGAUCAUCCUCCAGGGGAACUGGUAUACUAAAGUUUCUGAGCUAGCCAGACUGAGGUCCAAAUGGCAGCUGACAGACGUAGCAACACUUUGGAAAGUCCAUCUUGAAACAGCUUCCUUACCACACACGCUUCCCUCCCUACUUCUCCUGCAGUAAUCUGUUUAUAGGCCCAGACUAAUUAUCUUUUUUUUUUUUAUGAGAAACUUUAGCAAAUUUCUUAUCUAGGAAGGCAGUGCUUCACAUUAGGUCAUGUGGAUAAGAUGAUGAGAGAGAAUAUUUUCACCCAAGGAGAUUGCUAUUUCCUGAAGGGGUAAAAACCCCACAGGGAAAACCCCAGUGGUUCUCAUAAGUAGGGCUGGUCUAUCUAAGCUGGUAGCACAGUUCCGUCCAGAGAAGGAAAGCAGAAUAAACUUAUUCAUUCCUGGGAGCUCUUGGGGUAGGUGUGCAUUUUUCACAUCUUAAAGACUCACAUACCCUAAGCUGGACAAAGGUCCCAUUCCUGAAGGACACCUCCAGAGUCCAGAUUGCUGAAUCUUCUCUGCUGCCUAGAGGGGCUCCAAACCACCUCUUGACAAUGGGAAACUGGGUGGUUAACCACUGGUUUUCAGUUUUGUUUCUGGCUGUUUGGUUGGGGCUGAAUGUUUUCCUCUUUGUGGAUGCUUUCCUGAAAUAUGAGAAGGCCGACAAGUACUACUACACAAGAGAAAUCCUUGGGUCAACAUUGGCCUGUGCCCGAGCCUCUGCUCUCUGCUUGAAUUUUAACAGCAUGUUGAUCCUGCUUCCCGUGUGUCGCAAUCUGCUGUCCUUCCUGAGGGGCACCUGCUCAUUUUGCAGCCGCACACUGAGAAAGCAAUUGGAUCACAAUCUCACCUUCCACAAGCUGGUGGCCUAUAUGAUCUGCCUACAUACAGCUAUUCACAUCAUUGCACACCUGUUUAACUUUGACCGCUAUAGCAGAAGCCGACAGGCCACAGAUGGCUCCCUUGCCUCCAUUCUCUCCAGCCUAUCUCAUGAUAAGAAAAAGGGGAGUUCUUGGCUAAAUCCCAUCCAGUCCCCAAACAUGACAGUGGAGUAUGUGACAUUCACCAGCAUUGCUGGUCUCACCGGAGUGAUCAUGACAAUAGCCUUGAUUCUCAUUGUAACUUCAGCUACUGAGUUCAUCCGGAAGAGUUAUUUUGAGGUCUUUUGGUAUACUCACCACCUUUUUAUCUUCUAUAUCCUUGGUUUAGGGAUUCACGGCAUUGGUGGAAUUGUCCGGGGUCAAACAGAGAAGAGCAUGAAUGAGAGUCAUCCUUGCAAGUGUGCAGAGUCUUUUGAGAUGUGGGAUGAUCAUGACUCCCACUGUAGGCGCCCUGACUUUGAAGGGCACCCCCCUGAGUCUUGGAAGUGGAUCCUUGCACCAGUCAUUCUUUAUAUCUGUGAAAGAAUCCUCCGGUUUUAUCGCUCCCAGCAGAAGGUUGUGAUUACCAAGGUUGUCAUGCACCCAUCCAAAGUUGUAGAAUUGCAGAUGAACAAGCGUGGCUUCAGCAUGGAAGUGGGACAGUAUAUCUUUGUUAACUGCCCCUCAAUCUCUCUCUUGGAAUGGCAUCCUUUUACAUUGACCUCUGCUCCAGAGGAAGAUUUCUUCUCCAUUCAUAUCCGAGCAGCAGGGGACUGGACAGAAAAUCUCAUAAGGGCUUUUGAACAACAAUAUUCAACAAUUCCCAGGAUUGAAGUGGAUGGUCCCUUUGGCACAGCCAGUGAGGAUGUUUUCCAGUAUGAAGUGGCUGUGCUGGUUGGAGCAGGAAUUGGGGUCACCCCCUUUGCUUCUAUCUUGAAAUCCAUCUGGUACAAAUUCCAGUGUGCAGACCACAACCUCAAAACAAAAAAGAUCUAUUUCUACUGGAUCUGCAGGGAGACAGGUGCCUUUUCCUGGUUCAACGACCUGUUGACUUCCCUGGAACAGGAGAUGGAAGAAUUAGGCAAAGUGGGUUUUCUAAACUACCGUCUCUUCCUCACUGGAUGGGACAGCAAUAUUGUUGGUCAUGCAGCAUUAAACUUUGACAAGGCCACUGACAUCCUGACAGGUCUGAAACAGAAAACCUCCUUUGGGAGACCAAUGUGGGACAAUGAGUUUUCUAAAAUAGCUACCUCCCACCCCAAGUCUGUAGUGGGAGUUUUCUUAUGUGGCCCUCAGACUUUGGCAAAGAGCCUGCGCAAAUGCUGUCACCGAUAUUCCAGUCUAGAUCCUAGGAAGGUUCAAUUCUACUUCAACAAAGAAAAUUUUUGAAUUAUAGGUAUAAGGAUGGUAAUCUGCAUUGUCUCUCCUUUGUAUCUUCAAUAACUUGGUCUGGUCAGGUUUGAGCAGUCACUUUAAGAAUGUGCCUCUCAAGCCUUGACUCCCUGGCAUUCUUUUUUUUUGACUGCAUUCAACUUUGUUACUUAAGCUUCAGCAACUUAAAAACUUCUGAAGUUCUUAAAGCCCAUGGAUCCUUUCUUGGGAAAAUAGCUGUACUUCUGGACAGCCAUGACUGUAACAAGGCUUGAUAGCAGAGCUUUGGUGGUUGAGAGUUAUACAAUCAAUCCCAGGCAAUUUUAUCAAUUCCAAAUGUUACUAUCUCCUGAAUUUUGGUUUGUAAUCUCUUGCCCCUCCCACCCCCACAGAAGAUUUCUAAGUAGGGUGACUUUUUAAAUAAAAAUUUAUUGAAUAAUUAAUGAUAAAACAUAACAAUAAACAUAAAUAAUAAACAAAAUUACCAAGAACCCCUUCCCCAUAUAACACCAACAGUGUACAUUUUUACUGUUACUUUUGAUAUGGUAUUAUCCAGUGUGAACAGCAAUUUAUUCUUAUUUUUGCUUGUCAAAAAAUAAAGGACUUUCUUCUUUGCUUGAUGAA